AUGAGUAGCCCUGAAGGAAUCGAGGCUUUUUGUUCAGAUUUGGAAGUGGAUCAUACUAAUGUACAAAUACUGAUGCUUGCUUGGAAAAUGCAAGCUGAAAAGCAAGGAUACUUUACCAUUAAAUUGGUUCUGAAGCAAUUUGAUGAUUUGCUGGUUAAGAUUUUGAUUGCAGCUGCUGUUGUUUCUUUCCUUUUGGCAUUGGUUGAUGGAGAGACAAGAUUAAAGGUCUUUUGGGAGCCUUCUGUCAUCCUAAAGAUAUUGACUGCAAAUGCAGCAGUAGGGGUAAUCACAGAAACAAAUGCUGAAAAGGCUUUUGCGAUAA